UCAGUCACUUGAAACUACUUAAAACAUUAAACACAACUUACACAGCAUAAAGCAAAAUUAACGUAAUUUUAACACUUUUAUUUAUAAUUAUUUUGGUUGUUUCCGACACCUUUCUGAUACGGUUAACCAUGCCUAAAAAACUGGAUCCCGAUAGCCCCAUGUUCGUGGCUUGUAGCGCCCAUUUCAAUUUUCUGAGAGAGUACCGGAAGGCCUGUGCCGGCCAUGACAUCCAGGCUCAGCAGUUAUUCCACGAGGCCUCCACUGCCUGGCAGGCUCUCAGUACCGAGGAGAGGACCGUGUUCGAGGAGGAUAACUAUUUGCCAGCGCGUCUCGCUGAAACUGGAAAAUCGUCCGUGGGUAUUGCUGUUGAUUUGCUGACAGCUCAAGGGGAGAAGAUAUUUGGGAAGGCCAAGUCCAAGGCUAAGCCGAGGCGCCCAAAGCGCAAUGCAGUCAAGCGGCAGUUGCCAGCGAAGCAAAAGAAAAGCCAACAGACCACUCGUCGGCCAACAAUGAAGCCCAAUAAUGAUCCCGUUUCUCCUUGUGUGUGGGAGAUCACUUUCCGUAAACUAUCCUAGAACCAAAUAAAGUAUC